ACCAAGCACAGACGUCCAAUAUGGCGGCCUCUAAAGGAGCAAAUACGUACAAUCGACAAAACUGGGAAGAAUCUGAUUUCCCAAUUUUAUGUCAAACAUGUCUUGGAGACAAUCCAUACAUACGUAUGAUGAAAGAGAAAUAUGGAAAGGAGUGUAAAAUCUGUGCACGUCCUUUUACAGUGUUCAGAUGGUGUCCUGGUGCACGUAUGAGGUUUAAAAAGACAGAAGUUUGUCAAACAUGUUCAAAGAUCAAGAAUGUCUGUCAAACUUGUCUCCUAGAUCUGGAAUAUGGCUUACCUGUGCAGGUGAGGGAUGCAGCAUUGAAGAUCCAGGACAACAUGCCAAAAUCUGAUGUUAACAAAGAGUACUACACACAGAACAUGGAGAACGAGAUCGCCAAUGGGGAUGGCACUGUUGCUCCAGGACAGUUGGGUAAGGCCCAGACACCUAGUGACAUGCUGCUCAAACUUGCCCGUACCACACCAUACUACAAACGGAAUAGACCCCACAUCUGCUCGUUCUGGGUGAAGGGGGAGUGUAAGAGGGGAGAGGAGUGUCCGUACAGACACGACAAACCGACAGAUCCUGAUGAUCCUCUGGCAGAUCAAAACAUCAAGGACAGAUUCUAUGGGAUGAAUGACCCAGUGGCAGACAAACUGAUGAACCGCUAUACUAAUAUGCCGAAGUUAGAUGCCCCAGAGGAUAAAGCUAUCACAACGUUGUAUGUUGGAAAUCUUGGAGACAAAAUAGGAGAGACAGAACUCAGGGACCACUUCUACCAGUUUGGAGAAAUCAGAUCGAUCAACAUCGCCAGUAAACAGCAGUGUGCAUUUGUACAGUUCACAACACGACAGGCAGCUGAGAAUGCCACAGAGAAGUCUUUUAAUAAAUUGAUCAUGGGUGGGCGACGUCUCAACAUCAAGUGGGGUAAAUCUCAAGCCCAAAUGGGGGUCACAAAGAAAGAUGGAGAGGAGUCAGAAAAGGCCCUUGAGCCAGUACCAGGCCUUCCAGGGGCCUUGCCUCCACCACCAGAAGAAAUUGCAAAUAAUUUCUUUAACCUAAACAAUGCCCCCAAUCACCUUCCCAUGCCACCUGGCCCCCCAAGAGGAAUGCCACCUCGCCUAAUUCACCCAGGCACACACAUGAUGCCGUUCGGGAUGUUCCGUGGACCUCCCCCACCAGGUGUGCGGUUACCUCCCCCUCCCCCUGGAAUGAUGCCAAUGCGCCCUCCUCCUAGGUUGAUGAUGGGGGCCAACAUGCCAGUUCACUACCCCUCACAGGACCCAACAAGGAUGGGUGCAAUCACUACAAGCAGCAGCAAAUCUUAAUCUUGUCAAAUCCUCAUUUUUGUGGUCUUCUCUCAAAAUGUCUGUUAAUACUGAGGGAUUAAGUGACUCGGGAUAAAGUAUGUGGACUCCAAAAGUUGCUAAAGAUAAUGUCACUAGAUGAGAAAUUUGUCUCUAGGGCACUAUUUGUCAACAGGGGCAUGUCAAUGGAGUGGCCAUAUGCUACCGGGGACAGCAUUCGUUACAGGGACACAAUGUGUGGAAAGGCGACUUUAGGUCACUAGAAACACAACAAGUUACAGAGUGAUGCAUGAUGAUACAAUGGAUGUUAUAUAUCACUAAGGGCAAAACAUGAUAUUAGGGGGACGAUAUGUCGCUGAAAAAAAUACCUGGUUUGUCUUUAGGGGCACAAGAUAUCACUUUGUGCAUAAGAUAUCACUUUGGGCAUGAGAUGUCACUAGGGAUACAAGAUGCCAAUACGAAUACAAUAUGUCACGACAGAAAAAAGAUAUAACUAGGGAUAUAGGAAGUCACAACAGAUACAGUGUACACGAUGUCACUAGGCUAGGAGCGUAACAUCAAUAGAAACACUUAAUUCAACAGAAGUAAAAUAUAUCACUGGUGACAAUCCUUUGAGAUGGAAUGCAAGAGGGACACAAAAUCACUCUCUUGUUUUAGUAAAAGUGUUUUAGUUUCUAUUUUAAUGAAUGAUAUAUUUGGUCUUUUAAUGUUUCACAUACAAUUUGUGCUCUUGACUUGCAACUAGAUAUAGUCUUAACAUUUUGUUGCAACUCAAGAGAUUUUUGUGGGAAAGGUCUGUUAACUCAAUUCUGUUUUGUAUGGCAUUGUUUAUCAUCUUAUGUAAAUGU